CCUUUUUGUGUCCGUGCGUGAAAUUCGGGACCGAAAAUACAGACGGACCGACAUGUGCACCUCAACAACUGUCCCCCUAAACAACACACGUGCAACGAGCUAACUUCCAUCAGCAGACAUGCCGAAAGCGCCGAAAGCACCGAAAGGGAAGAGCGCGGUGGAGAAGAAAGUGAUUCAUCCUUACAGCAGGAAAGCGGCGUCUCUGGCCAGAGCAGCUCUCAGACAGGACAGAAAGGAAAAGUUGAAAAGUGAAAAGGCCCAGCAUUUAAAUUUAAUCAGGGAAAAACUUUUGUGGUUCCAAAGUCAGUUGGACUCAGAAAAGUUGGAAUAUUCCAAACAAGAAGCUUGUGAAAUCAUUGAGAGGUAUCUGCACCGAUUUGAUGGCGAAUUAGAGCAGAUCGAGCUGGCCAACAGCAUCAAAGGACGUCAGGGUCGGCUGCACGUCUCCAGAGAGACCGUCAUAAAGCAGACGAUGGAAAGAGAGCGAGACCUGUACGAGGGGCACGGCUUCGAGAUCCCAGAUAUAAUCAACACCAAACAUCUGAAGACGUUCAGAGAGUGGAACGGCGACCCGAAGAAGCUGCCCAACAUCAAGAUGCGCAAGGUUUCAGCGAAAGGCCUAGAGAAACAACACACUGCAGUGCGAGACACACACACUGAAGAAGAGGAGCAUGAUGAAGAGGACGAGGAUGAGGUGUCUCAGGACUCUGAUGAAGAGCUUUUGGAGGAUAAAGCGUGAUGCAAAACAGCUCUGGACUAAGCUCAUGUGAUUGUUUUGUUCAGUGUGGAUGACUGGUACAGUGUGUGUGUGUGUGUGUGUGUGUGUGUGUGUGUAUAUCUGGUUGGGGUGCUGUGGUGCUGCGUUUUAAAAAAAAAAAAAAAAAAAAAAAAAAAAAAAACCCUAUUUAAAUUGCUACAGUCAGAUUUAUUAUACUGAUUGACUUCCAUUAUAACUGAUUUAUUCAUGUUUUCUAUCCUUGGGUUUGGGUUUCAGAAUCAAACAUGGAGUCCUUGUAUGUUCCAUGCUAAUGUUUCGUCCUUUAGUGAAAGACCUGUUGACAUAUGACUGUUCCAUUACUUUAUCAGACUUUUUAAAAGUCCACUCCCGAAGGAAUUCUCGCUGUUAUUUAUAAUAUUUCGGUUUGUACCUGCUCACAGUGGAGCCUCAUUAAUCAGUCUUUUAGUAAAUUUGUGUGCCAAUGUUUGUGGAAGCCAAACUUCAGAAAUGCUGAUUUUCUUCAUACUCCUACAAUGUGUGUAUGUGGACCAGCCAUAAAGUGCAAAGCACAUUCCGAACACAGCUCAUUUGCAUGAAGUAACGCCCACAAAACUCCAAAAAAGGUCAAGAAAAGCUAGGAGCAUAAAACGAACUAUCAUGGUAAAGUCCAUUUAUACAGCAUCUUUUCUCUUUUAAUAAAUGAAUGAUUAGAUUUAUUUGUCUUAA